UGUAAUGCUAUUGUAAUGCCCAUAUGUUGUCAUUUAGGGCAUGCUGCUUUGUUUUAACAUUCACUGGACCUUUGGUUGCAGUUUGUCCUGUAGAUGUUUCAACGGGAGGAGAAGCAGCUGGAGGCGGCGGUGGAGUCUCUGAUCUCUCGUGUAGCACACGUCAAGAACGCUCUUCACAGCUUCAUCUAUAAGUUGGAAAAUGAAUACGAGCGACUAACAUGGCCGUCUGUUUUGGACAACUUCGCCCUGCUAUCCGGUCAGCUGAACACCAUCAAUAAACUGCUGAAGAACGAGAAGACCCCGUCAUUUCGUAACCAGGUUAUAAUACCGCUGCUGCUGUCCCCAGACCGAGAUGAGGAUUUAGCGAAACUCACAGAGCAGCGUGUCCCAGUGUUCAGCCAUGAGAUUGUACCAGACUACUUGCGGACCAAGCCUGAUCCAGAGGUGGAGGAGCAGGAGAAACAGCUGAGUGUAGAGGCAGCGCGAAUAGGCCCCGAGGCGGCACAGAAACAGAUCCAGACGUUGAAUAAACUCUGUUCCAGUCUGCUGGAGAAGCUGAACAAUCCUCGUGAUGACAGAGAUUCAGAGAGUGCAGCAAUACGACAGAAUAAACCAUCAUUUAACCCUGCUGACACCAACGCAUUGGUCGGAGCAGUUGCAUUUGGAAAGGGGCUUUCCAAAUGUAGGCCUCCUGGUCCAGUGGCCCCUGGACAUCCAGGACAAGGGCCCAUGAUGGGUGGAGGUCCAACCUUACAGCAGGUCACCAUCGGUGGUGGUUCAAGCCAGCAAACAGGUAUGGGAGGACCUGUGGCUCCACAGCAGCAAGGGCAGCCAGGUAGGAGACCUGGAGAGCUGGGAAAAAUGCCAAGCAGCAUCAAGACAAACAUCAAAUCCGCAUCAGGUUCAAUGCAUCCUUACAACCGAUGAGCUCCUUUUUUUGUUUUUUUGUUAUGUUUAUAAGUGUUUGUUACAUCUCAAGGACUCACCUACUGCAAUGCCAACAUUUGUAAUACUCGCCUUUUGUAACCUUUUACAAACCCUCUAUUUUCAUAGAAUGGACCAACAUCUACAGUUAUUACUACUUUGUUUUCUCUAAAGCUGUUUCAAGUAAUAUUAUCUCAAACAUUAAAUGCUAAUAUUUGCAACCAUCAGGGUUCAUUGUUUCUUAUUCUUAUACCUUAUCUGACCCUCUGUGUUUGAGCCACUAGAUGGCAGUAUGUUAUCAUUUGUGGGAUUACAAAAGCUUGAAUAUUGUACUGUAUUAUUUACUUUUUUUCACAAUAAAUAAGU